UUGAAGUAUUUACAGCUUAUAUACGUGGGUUUAUUCCCAAAAACACUUAUAUAUAGAUACAAAAACAGUAACUCCGAUAUUUAUAUCAAAACUGUUAGCUGACAAAUACUGUUCUUUCUUUCAACGAUGAAGUGCACACAGUUCUUUGGAGUAAUUUUGAUAUGGUUCUCCAAGUUUCUUUGGUUUACGGAAUGUGCGACAUGUAGCAUAAGAAUUGACGAUCCAGAAUUGAACGCAUUGUGGUAUCUUAAAAAUAAUAGGCCAGAUGGAUAUGACAUGAAUGUAUUGCCAGCAUGGGAAAAUUGUGUAAAUGGUUCUGAAGUGACAGUAGGUGUUGUUGACAAAGGCGUCCAGGACCACAGAGAUCUAAACAUUAAUAGAAAUUUGGAUGCUGGAAAAAUACAGUCAGAGGCAUAUUGGGCAGGCCAGUUGGAGGUGGAGCAGGACAGACACAAUCAACAAAGGUGGCGAUCUGGUUACAACAGACAACCUCAGCGAAGAUGGAGAUAUGGUUACAAUGGACAACCUCAACAGAGAUGGAAUUCUGCUCACAACAUCAUACAGCGUAGAAAACAAGAAUCACUUAAACAUGGUACAAGAGUAGCCGGUAUUGUGGCAGCGAAACAAAAUGGACAUGGUAUAGUUGGAAUUGCAUUUGGAGCUGAAAUUGCUGAUAUAACAAUAGCAUCAUCAGCAGUAUUUGAAAGUUUUAAUGCGGCUUUACUUAUACAUCGUAGGGAUGUUAUAGAUGUUUACAGUUGUAGCUUUGCUAACUUCCAUACUGGAACUAAGACAUAUCCUCUGCUUCCCAAUCAACAACAUGCCUUGGAAUACGGAACAACUCAUGGAAGACGUGGUCGUGGAUCUGUUUAUGUGUUUGCUACUGGAAAUAGUGGCGGAGAAGAAACAGAUGUCUUUCGUGAUAGUUGUUCUUAUGACAGACUGGUUACUAAUAGAUACGUGAUUUCUGUAGCAGGGAUUCAGCACAAUCUUCAAAAACUUCCAAACGGCGAAGCUUGUAGUGCUAUGAUGGUUGCAGCCUUUACUGCAAAAGCGGGCGAGAAUUUAUAUAAAGUGAAAACAACAGAUAUUGGAGGAAGAACUACCCUCAAUUUUAAUCAGAACUCAGCAGCAGCACCAAUGGUAUCAGGUGCUGUAGCUCUUGCUUUAAGUGCCAAUUCAGCUUUAACUUAUCGGGACAUUAUGCAUUUACUGGUACAGACGUCAAGAAGUGAUUUCCAAGAUCAAACAUAUCAAUCAAAGUUCUUUACAAAUGCUGCAAACAUCAAAGUAUCAUCAUACUUUGGAUUUGGAUUACUUGAUAUUGGCAAGUUAGUUGAUAGGAGUAAAACUUGGAGUAACGUCCCACCAAGAGAAACUUGUAUUACAAGAAAAACAUUUGACAGUUCACUAAAUCGUGACCCCACUCAUUUUGUGGUUGAUAUUACUGAAUGCGCUGUUGAUUAUAUAGAACAUGUUGAAAUAUCAUUAAAAGUAAACCACAUACAUGCUGGCCAGAUACAAUGGGUUCUAGUUUCUCCGUAUGGCACAAAAUCUACAAUUCUUCCCGGUAGAGGUCUAGAUCCUACUACAAAUAUGAACAUAACUGUUUUAACAGUUCAACUGUGGGGAGAAAAUCCGGAAGGACAAUGGAGAUUUGAACCAACAGCUAUGUUUAAUAAAAGUCUUGACCACGGCACAGUAGAAACAGUAAGUCUAUCGAUUCAUGGAUAUACGUGUUUAUCUCGUCAUGAAUGUCUACCAUCUGCAGAUCAAGUUGAUAGUACACAUCGCUUUAAAGCUUCACCAAGCAGAGUUGAAAAUCCAGUGCCACAAAUAAGAAGACCUCUGCAAGAGCCAGAAAAUUUGCAAGAGUGUCCAACAACAUUAGACAGUCGCUGUGUUGAACAGUGUUCAAAUAACACGGAUUGUAACGGACGAAAAAUAUGUUGUAACAAUGGAUGUGGUCACACGUGUGAAUGGUCUCUAACAGAUCAAUCAAGAAGAAAUAGUGGAUCUUCAGUGUUGACAGAAAGAUCUCGUGAAUGUCCAACGACGUUGGAAAGUCGCUGUGUUGAACAGUGUUCAAAUAACACGGAUUGUAACGGCCGAAAAAUAUGUUGUAAUAAUGGAUGUGGUCACACGUGUGAAUGGCCUCUAACGGGAUAUUGGCGUCAUUGGUCGGCAUGGUCGCGUUGUUCACAGACUUGUGGAGAUGGAAGUAGAACUCGAAAAAGGGUCUGUAGUAGACAGGGUAGAUGUAGAGGUAAAAGCCAGGAAAUACAGCAAUGUAACUCACCCGCAUGUGGAUAUUGGCGUCAUUGGUCGGCAUGGUCGCGUUGUUCACAGACUUGUGGAGAUGAAAGAAGAACUCGAACAAGGGUCUGUAGUAGACAGGGUAGAUGUAGAGGUAAAAGCCAGGAAACACAGCAAUGUAACUCACCCGCAUGUGGAUAUUGGCGUCAUUGGUCGGCAUGGUCGCGUUGUUCACAGACUUGUGGAGAUGAAAGAAGAACUCGAACAAGGGUCUGUAGUAGACAGGGUAGAUGUAGAGGUAAAAGCCAGGAAACACAGCAAUGUAACUCACCCGCAUGUGGAUAUUGGCGUCAUUGGUCGAGAUGGUCGCGUUGUUCACAGACUUGUGGAGAUGGAAAUAGAACUAGAACAAGGGUUUGUAGUAGACAUGGUAGAUGUACAGGCGAAAGACAGGAGACACAGAAAUGUAACUUACCAGCAUGUGAUAUUGGAUACUGGAGAAAUUGGUCCGCUUGGUCGCAGUGUACACAGACUUGUGGGGAUGAAAGUAGAACUCGUACAAGGGAUUGUAGUAGACAUGGUAGAUGUUACGGUGAUGGACAGGAAGCACAGUUCUGUAACUUACCUGCAUGCCAAACGGGGAGCGGAAUCUUUGGAGAAUGGUCACAAUGGUCACGAUGCUCUUCGACAUCUGGUUAUGGAACCCGUGACCGUAGACGACGAUGCGCAGGUACAUGUCUUGGUAACAGACGGGAAUUAGAGAACUGUUUCACGCCUUAUCUUCCUCAUAGUUGUUGGGAUACUUAUCAUAGUUGCAGUCAAUACGUUAUAAUACACGGAUGUCAUACAACAGACUAUGUUAUAAACAAGCAGUGUAGAAAAACAUGCGGGCUUUGUUAAUUGUUUAUUUUCUUUGUCAAAUAAAACCAAUGUAUAUUAAUUUA